GUACUAUCAUAUACUGCACCACUCACCAGGUCUUUCUUACCGAUUUUAUCUGGAUAUUAGUAACCUUGGUCGUCCAGAGGAUGAUGGAUCCAUGAAAAUCACUACAACAGUGCAAGUAAGCUUUUUCUUUUUGAAUAUAUUUACAUUUGCUCACCACACAUAAAUCGUCACAUGUUUUCCUUUAUUGAUCCUUUAACCUAGUUGCAUCAUGUUUAAUCAUCAUGUUAUUGGUAUUGGAAAACUAAAUCUUUCUGUUACGGUUGGAUGCUGAGCAUAUUGUGUUAAAGAAAAGAAAGAAACACUUGAAUUUCAUAAUUUGAUUCAUUGUGGAUUUUGAAAAGAAAGAAAAAGCUAGUAAUAUUAGUCAAAUAGUUCCCUACUAGGCUUAGUAGGGUGAGGUAUUUCAUUUUCAAGGUUUUAGAUUGUGGAAUUGUUCAUCGUUCAUAUUUGUUUCAUGCCCUUUUAAGCAACCAAAAGGGAGAUUAGAUGAAAGUUUGAGCUUCAACAGACAUUGAGAGUUUUGCAAUUCUAAAAUUCCUUUGUACUUUUGGUUGGAUGUCAAUGUACAGGCUAUCAAUGAUAAGAUACUAUCACUUAGGUAUGGCGAAUUCAGGGUGGAGAUUAAAUCUGUGGAUGCACAGGAAUCGUAUAAUGGUGGAGUCCAUGUACUUGUAACUGGGCAUCAGAUUGGAAAGGAUGGUUUGAUUCGCAACUUUGCCCAGAGUUUCUUUCUUGUGCUCCUUGACACAGAAUAUUUUGUGUUGAAUGACAUGUUUCGAUAUGUGGAGAAUACAAAACAACAUGAUGAAAAUCAAGAUUCAGUUAUUGAUGUGGAGGCUCCUGUCACCCCAGAGCAAAACCACUCUCCUGUGCAGGAACAUAAUGUUGCUGAGCAAUCUGCUGCAAUGGCAGAAGAAUCCAACUGGACAAAAGGGUACAAUCCUCCUGAGAAUGGAGAGGUGUUACCAGUGGACAAGGAGGUUCCAGUAGUAAAGGUGGUUGAUCAACUACAGGAUGACUCACAUAUGUUGGUUGAAUCUAGCACAAAAAUUGAAGUUCCAGACAAGUCUUAUUCUUCAAUUGUGAUGGAUUUGAAAGAAAGUGGUUUGCGCUUUUCAUUCCCGGCACUGGCUCCCCAUAAAUACCCGCCAAAGAGCCAUGAACAACAAGUGAACCAUGCCUGUCCUCCAGCGUCAGCAGCUGAGGUACCAGUUUCCAGUUCUGAUGAUGUUGAUAAUGGGAAAGAGGGCAAGGCUGAUAGUUUCUCGAUCUGCAUAAGAGCUAUGAAGGCCACACCUGCCUUACUUGAGAAUGAGUUAAAGAAGUUUGGACCUAUUAGGAGCAACAACAUUCAAGUCAACAAAGUUUGUGUUGGCUUUGUUGAGUUUGAGGUGGCAAGUGCAGUGCAAAAGGCUAUUGAGGGAGAACCAGAGACUUUGGUCAUAAAGGAUGCUGUUAAAAUUCUGUUGCAGGGUUUGGGUGAAGAUAUCAAUCGAGAAGGUCUUCUGAAGACCCCAUUACGUGUUGCCAAAGCCCUUCGAGAGGGCACCAGAGGUUACAAGCAAAAUGUGAAAGACAUAGUCCAAGGUGCUUUAUUUCCGGAAGCUGGAUUGGAAAGUGGAGUUGGACAUGCUGGAGGAGCGGGUGGGCUUGUGAUUGUCCGAGAUCUUGACUUCUUCUCAUAUUGCGAGUCUUGCUUGCUUCCAUUCCAGGUCAAGUGUCACGUGUGUUAUGUACCAUCUGGGCAGCAGGUGCUAGGGCUGAGUAAGGUCUCUCGGGUAGCCAAUGUCUUUGCAAAACGGCUCCAGGAUCCGCAGCGCCUGGCAGAUGAAGUCUGUUCAGCUUUACAACAUGGAAUCAUGCCAACAGGUGUUGCAGUCAUUCUCCAGUGUUUACACAUCCACUUCCCAAGUUUUGAAUCAACAUGUCUCGACUCCAAUCACCUAGGAUGGGUGAAGCUUUUGGUUACAUCAGGUUCAGGAGUUUUCAAAAAUGAGAAGGCAGAUAUUUGGGGUGACUUUCUGAGUCUUUUAAAAUUAAGAGACAUAAAUGUAGAGAGUACCCAUUCCAGAAACUCUGCUGACCAAUGUUGGUGCCCAUCUCGGUCUUUCUCUAAAACAGGACCCGCCAAUGUGGGAAUGAAUGCUGCAGUAGCUUCAAUUCUCAGGUCUCUAGGUGAAGACACAUCAAGAAAAGAACUAGUCGGAACGCCUACUCAUUUUUUGAAGUGGCUGAUGAACUUUAAGAAUUCUAACUUAGAGAUGAAGUUGAAUGGUAUUGUUCAUGGUACAAUUGAUCCUUUUAAAAUUAGUGGGGAUGCCAGCGAUAAUGAAGAGCAUGUCCAUUCUGAACUAAACUUGUCAUUUUGUUCUCAAUGUGAGCACCAUAUUCUUCCCUUUCAUGGGGUUGUGCAUAUAGGAUAUUUUUGUGCAGAAGGAGUGAAUCCCAUUGGGAAAUCCCAUUUGCAGUCCAUAGUACAUUUCUAUGGUUUCAAACUUCAAGUACAGGAAAGGCUGACGAGGCAGAUUGCUGAGACUGUGUCAUUGCUAUCAGGUGGAGAUGUAAUGGUAGUGGUAGAAGCUAACCAUACUUGCAUGAUUUCCAGAGGGAUUGAGAAGUUUGGUAGUAAUACCGCUACAAUUGCUGUUUUGGGUCGGUUUUCAACUGACCCUGCUGCAAGGGCUUUAUUUUUGGAGAGAAUACCGAACUAUUCUUCUUCUGGAGGAUGAUUACUAAUCCAAAUGUGGCUGAUAUGCUGUUCAACAGCGCCGUUCCACCCUUUUUUACACACAUUUCUUCAUCCUUGGCUGUCUGUUGUGGCUUGGGCAUAACAAGAUGUAUUCGUUAGCAGAUCUCACAAUUGAGUUGAAGAAACGGGGAUCUUGCUUACAGAAUUUUUGGUGCACGGAGGUUACCUUUGAGUCUGAAAUUGCAAGAUAAACGAGUUGUAGCAUAGAGAAGGUGUCUGCCCACAAUUUGUCAAUGACAAGGUUUGAGUGAUUUUUGCUACCAAAGAACCUCACAUUUGUUUCCUUAUACUUUGUGAUUCAGUGCCUAAACGCUUAUCAUUGACCUAUGUUGGGUGUCUUCUCCAUAAGAAAGAAAUGUUUGCAGUUAGAUAAUCCACCAAGCCCCCAGGAUUCAUCUGGAGCUCAGCGGAGUGAUACAAUGCAGGUUAUGGAUAGGCAUAUGUGGGAUUGUAGGCUCAUUUGCAUUUUAUUUUCAUCUUUAUCUUUCAUUUUUCCAUGAUGGUCAAUAAAGGAGUUGUUUCUGCCAUGUUUUACACUGCAAUUCUAGCUCAUAAUCAGGGUGGCCUUCUGUUAUGCUUCAUUUGCAUUGUCAAGUUCG